GAGGUACGACCACAACGCGUUCUACGGAGAAGGUAAUGGGUCGGUAUACAUUAGUAUGCUUGAUUGCAAUCAGUAUGAUCAGCAUAUAAACGACUGCAGAUAUCUGACAAAGCACAGCUGCCGGCAUAGAGAUGAUGUCUCUGUAACUUGCUAUGGGCCAAUUCUUAAUAUAACAGAUGUUCGACUUGCCGAUGGUACUGGCCCUUAUGAUGGUCGAGCUGAAAUAAAGGUCAAUGGUACAUGGGGAACUAUAUGUGACAAAAACUUCAAUAUCAACGACGCUGAUGUAUUUUGCAAUAUGCUUGGACUAAAGGGAGCACAGUUUUUCACUGGAGCCAGACACGGAGAAGGAAGUGGUCCAGUAUAUGUUGAUGAAUAUUUCUGCCACUCCUACAAUACGGAUUUGAGUGAAUGUAAAUACUUAUUCCAGAACUCAUGCAGACACGACAGAGACGUGUCUGUAGUUUGCAACGAAUGUGGUCAGCCAGAUAUCUACUACUGGGAUGUAGGUUACUUCAGUUACAAUGGAACAACAUUGUAUGCUGACUGUUCCUACUACAAGACAUACAUUGGAACUCUACAAAUGACCUGUGAUAACGUGACAAAGCAAUGGAUAACCAAGGGACAAUGCCAGGAAUACAGUUACCCUUUGGCUAUAACGGACACGCGCCUUGUCGGUGGAAAUAGAACUAGUCGUGGACGAGUUGAGCUUAAGGUCAUGGGUACAUGGGGGACAAUUUGCGACCAUGGUUUCGGGAUAGAAGAAGCGAAUACAGUAUGCAAUAUGAUAGGAUAUGCACCAGCAUUUGAAGUUUACUCUGGUGCCUAUUAUGGAGAGGGAAAAGGUCCGAUAUUUGUUGACGAUUUAAUCUGUUCCCCAAGCGCUUCACACAUCAACAACUGCACAUAUAUUACAUAUGAUAACUGCAAACACCCGGAUGAUGUUUCCGUUAUAUGUACUGACUGCGGUGAUCCAACACCACAGAAUGGAUUCAUCAACUCAACAUAUACCUACUACGGGACUGUUGUUAAAGUUACAUGUAAUGAGGGAUAUAGGCUCGUUGGUAACUCGGUGAUAAAAUGUGAAUUAAACAAUCAUUGGAGCGACUUAUCCACGUGUAAUCUUAUUGAUUGUGGUGAUCCUACCCCUAAGCAUGGAUCAAGUAAUGCAACAGUGACAACAAAUGGAUCUGUUGUAAUAAUCGCAUGUGACACCGGAUAUAACCUGUCCGGAAAUGCAGUUAUUACAUGCCAAUCAAAUGAAAUGUGGACAGAGUAUCCAACCUGUGAGAUAGUUGAUUGCGGACUGCCGUUGCCACUAAAUGCUGACGUCACAUUACCUGGAAACAAAACAACUUACUCAGAGAUAGCCGUUAUCAGCUGCCUGGUAGGAUAUCGGCCGGAUGGAAGUUCACCGGUGUCGUGCCUAGCAAAUGGCACAUGGGAGUCAUGGCCAACUUGUACAAUCAUAGAUUGUAGAGACCCUACACCAAGUAAGGGGCACAGCAAUGACACAAACACAACAUACGGCACGGUUAUCUCCAUUACGUGUGCAGAUGAGCUGAAUAUCUCUGGAAAUUCAACCAUCAUCUGUCAAGCAGAUGGAACAUGGAGCGAUACCCCUGUUUGUGACGCAUCAGAUUGUGGGAUUCUAUCUGUAUCUAAUGCCAAAGUGAAAAUGUCUAAUGGAAGUACCAUUGACUCAUUGGCAUAUGUUAACUGUAACCAAGGGUAUGAGUUAAAAGGGUCGCCUGUAGUUGCAUGUACAUCAACUGGAUGGAAUGACAGUGUUUCGUGUAUCAAACUAGACUGUGCCGACCCAACACCAGAAAACGGACAGUUAGUAGAAAUAGAUGGAACCGAUUUCGGCAGUGUGGCUAAAAUAGAAUGUAAUACUGGAUAUGAACUGCUUGGAGACAACAUAAUCACCUGUCAGGACGGCGGGAUAUGGAGUGAUAAUCCUAAAUGUAAAAUAAGAGAUUGCGGACAACCAACUCCUCUACCGGAAAACGCUUUCUGGGAUGAUUCAGAGGGUACGGCUUAUAACACUACGAUUAAAUUUGUUUGCAAAGACGGUUUCCUUCUUGUUGGUGAAGAAUCAAUUGUUUGCCGAAGUACGGGUGUAUGGAGUUCACACCCUCCAGUUUGUGUGGAAAAAGUCGAUAUUGGCGGUCAAUGUUCAGGAGAUGAAUACUGCCAUACAAGAGAUGCUGUAUGUGUUAAUGCAGUAUGCACAUGCAAGUCUAACGUUUAUGACGAAAGAACAAACAAAUGUGAUACAAUGCCGAUUUUACCAUACGGAGGAGAACAAAAUGAUUUAGCAAUACAACCGGGCGAAGUAUGUGGGUCAAAAGUUUCAUUUGCCCCUGGCAUUCCACUGUUCGAUAAGCUCCAUAAAGAUUUAUAUGUAUGUUCGAAUGGACUCAUCAGCUUUGACAGUAGAUACACCAAUCCAACUCCGCCCAAAGACCGAGACACUGUAUCUGAUUUAGGGAGCAAAGCAAUAAUAGCGCCUUUUUAUUCACCUAUUGAUAAAACUACAGGAUCUGUUUUCUACCGAACAUACGACAUUCUUAAAUCAUACCAAAAAAUUGAAGCCGAUAAAGCCUCACCAAAAAGCCUGAUAAUAUACUUAGAGAAAAUGGUGAAAGUAUUCGGAGGAUUAGACAAAUUUGAAACAAGUUUUGUUUUACUUGCAACCUGGGAUGCUGUCAAACCGGCAAGCAUUGAUUAUGACAAGACAAAGACAUCGACAUUUCAAGUAGUGCUUAUAUCAGACGGUACAUCAACCUUCACAUUGUUUAUUUACGGGCAUGGCCUUAUGCAGUGGAGACAUAAAGGCACUACUUUUCCCCAAAUCUGGGUUGGAUACACAGUGAAUGCUUCCUACCUUUACACCCAUUCGUUUUCUUUUUUUCCCCAUGUGUUGGGACUAGACAUGGUGGAGCAGAGUCUUCCAAAUUCAUAUAUUGGCGUAGCUGGGUUAGUAUUUAAACCUUUAACAGAUGAAAUGGAAUCCCAACCAAACCAUGCUGUGGAUUGCAUAAGAUGGUACAAUGAUAAUCUAGAAGAGAAACAGACGACUGACGUAAUAGCAAGUCGAUUACCUGAUUGUCCAUGUGAUAUCUGGUUAUCUAGAUUUGACCCCUGGUUUUGGAAUAUACGAAGAUGGCUGCAGGUGCCAUAUACGUGUGUCGAUAUGUUUCCUGGACAAAUUUACCAACCAUAUGGAAAGUCAUGUUGCUACGACUUAUCAACAUGGUUGUGGACCAAUCGGCGUCCAGUUGCUGGCAGCUUUUACCGUUAUCAUCCUAAGCAUAAAGCUGACCAUUAUCAACAUGAUGUUUACCCGAAGCAAGUUUGCUGUGAGCUUUCUAGAAACUGUAAACUUUUCUAUGACUUACGUCCAACUGGUGCAUGUUACAGAAAUUCACCAUAUGACUUCGGAAUAUUCUGGGGCGACCCGCAUUUCCGAACUCUGGACGGCUUACCAUUUACCUUCAAUGGUCUUGGAGAAUAUACACUACUGCAAGUAAGGACAGAAAACUUUACCUUUGAUCUGCAAGCAAGAACAGAGAGAGCACGAAAGAAAGAUGGAACUUUAUCCGAUGCUACAGUAUUUAGUGCAUUUGCGGCAAUGGAAUCAUCGGGAGCUUCUAUACAUGUUGAAUUGAACCAAGCAAAAACUGGUAUAAAUCUAUAUGGAAAUAAUGCUGACCUGACGCAGAUAUAUAUAAAACACAUACAGAUCUUGAAAACCCUUUCUCGUAUACAACAGAUGAAGAUAACCUUGUAAUAUCUAAAAGAGAUGAAACACUGAGUGUACUUUUCCCAUUAAGUGGUUUGUCACUGAACAUAUCAGCUAGUGUAGAAAUGCUCUCCCUGAACACUAUUGUCCCACAGGCACUGCGCAACGUUACAGCUGGUCUUCUUGGCAAUUAUGAUGGGGAUGUCAGCAAUGAAUUCAUGAUGCCGAACG